AUGACGAGGGCCCACCUGCCGGCAGCGGCGGGGGCGGCGCAGCGGCGGCCGACGGUGGCGCUGCUGCUGGGCCUGGCGCUCGCCUUCUGCCUCGCCGUCCUCUCCAUCCAGUCCUCCUCCUUCGCCGCCCCAGGGGCGCCGGGCAGGAGGCUGGAUCUGGACGCCGACGACGUGCGCGAGCUCGCGGGGUUCCAGUCCCGCGUCCAGCAGUGCGUGGCUAGCAGAGGAUUUGGUCUCACAGCAGAUAUUAUUGAUCAUUGCAAGCUGGUCCUUAAAUUUCCUGAAGGAACCAACAGCACCUGGUAUAACACCCAGUUCAAGAUUUUUGAACCUCUAGAAUACAAAUAUGAUGUCUGCGAAACUAUCCUAUUGUGGGAACAGUACCGCAACAUGACAACUGUAUUGACAAGGGAAUACUUGGAUGUGAGGCCUGAUGGAUGGUUGGAUUAUGCGGCUAAAAGGAUUGCACAGCUUGGUGCUGAUAAAUGCUACAAUCGUACUCUCUGUGAUGAGCUUCUUAGCAUUUUACUGCCUACUAAACCCCCUUUCCAUCCACGCCAGUUCGCAACAUGUGCAGUUGUUGGUAACUCAGGAGAUCUCUUGAAUACAGAGUUUGGACAAGAGAUUGAUGCACAUGACGCAGUGUUUCGGGACAAUGAGGCACCUGUCAAUAAGAAAUAUGCCAAACAUGUUGGAUUGAAAAGGGACUUUCGACUGGUUGUCCGGGGUGCUGCUCGAAAUAUGGCACCAAUACUGAAGGGCUCCUCUGAUGAGGCACUUAUCAUUAAAAGUUUGACGCACAAAGAAAUCAAUGCGGUGAUAAAGGAACUUCCAAAUCCUGUCUACCUUUUUCAAGGUAUAGUUUUAAGAAGAGGUGCUAAAGGAACUGGCAUGAAGUCCAUAGAACUGGCCCUUUCCAUGUGUGAUAUUGUUGACAUGUAUGGUUUUACAGUUGAUCCUGGGUACACAGAAUGGACACGGUAUUUCACAGGCCCUAGGAAAGGACAUAAUCCACUGCAAGGCCGAGCUUAUUAUCAACUUCUGGAAUGCCUUGGGGUCAUUCGUAUCCAUUCUCCCAUGAGAGCACAAAGGGUGGAAGAUUGGUCAGACAUACCAAGCAAAGAAGAGAUCAGAAGAGCACACACUGCAGCUUUUCAUCUAAAAAAACAUGAAACUGGCCAGUCGGCUGAACUGGGGCCAUUUAGUAAUUGCAAGAUGUGGGGAACAGUUGACCCUGACUAUGGACCGGUAUCAGGUACUUCAGAUAUGAGUGAGACACGCAAGAAUUCAAACUACAGCAAGUGGGAGUUGCUUCCACUUGAGAAGCUGAGAAGAGAAGCUCAGGAAUACCAUAUCCAAAUGGGUGGCGUGUCUCUAUAUAAGAUGGAUGGAAACAAGUUGGAUGAUCUUGUCUGUGUGAGGCACCAACGUUCAUCAAGUUAA